GGAAGUGAUCGGCGUCGUGUACGCGCUGGCACUGCCAGUAAACUACAGUAGUGUCGGUGACGCGCACGGCCGAGCAUUGCUGUGUUUGUUGCUAGCAAAGGCGGCCUCCACUCAACCGUGUACUGGUAGCAGAAUAUUUUUCGGCGUUUAGUUUGUCAUAUUUGUUAUUUGUCAGAAUUUUUUUUUUUUUUUUUUUUUUUUGUAAGAAAAAGAAAAGCUACGAUUCAUGGCCGACUCGUCUAACCGCGGCGUAGCGGGAUCAGGAGCCGCGGGCUCGGGUUCCACAGCAGCCGGGGCGGUGGGCGGAGGAGCCGCGGCGGCGGCGGCUCCGGCUCCUCCCGCAGCUUCCAAGCUGGAGUCCGUGAAAGGGCAGAAUUUCGACGUCGGGCCCCGUUACGUCGAUCUACUUUACAUCGGGGAGGGGGCCUACGGAAUGGUCUGCUCUGCCCAUGACAAUGUGAACAAGGUCCGGGUAGCCAUUAAGAAGAUCAGCCCCUUUGAGCACCAGACGUACUGCCAGCGCACCCUGCGAGAGAUCAAGAUCCUGCUGCGCUUCCGACAUGAGAACAUCAUCGGGAUCAACGACAUCCUGAGAGCCAGGCAGCUGGACAACAUGAGGGACGUGUAUAUAGUCCAGGACCUCAUGGAGACUGACCUGUACAAACUGCUGAAGACGCAGCAGCUCAGCAAUGAUCAUAUCUGCUACUUCCUGUACCAGAUCCUGAGAGGGCUGAAGUACAUCCACUCUGCCAACGUGCUGCACAGAGACCUGAAACCCUCGAACCUGCUCAUCAACACCACCUGCGAUCUCAAGAUCUGUGAUUUCGGGCUGGCUCGGAUAGCUGACCCGGAGCACGACCACACUGGCUUCCUCACGGAGUACGUGGCGACUCGCUGGUACAGAGCGCCCGAGAUCAUGCUGAACUCCAAGGGCUACACCAAGUCCAUUGAUAUCUGGUCAGUAGGCUGCAUUCUGGCUGAGAUGCUGUCAAACAGACCUAUCUUCCCAGGGAAGCAUUACCUGGAUCAGCUCAACCACAUUCUUGGUAUUCUGGGCUCCCCCACUCCAGAUGAUCUGAACUGCAUCAUCAACAUGAAGGCGCGGAACUACCUGCAGUCUCUCCCGCAGAAACCCAAGAUCCCCUGGAACAAGCUGUUCCCCAAGGCCGACGGGAAAGCUCUGGAUAUGCUGGACCGCAUGCUGACCUUUAACCCCAUCAAGCGCAUCACCGUGGAGGAGGCCCUCGCUCACCCUUAUCUGGAGCAGUACUACGACCCCACUGAUGAGCCUGUUGCUGAAGAGCCCUUCACCUUCAAUAUGGAACUGGACGACCUGCCCAAGGAGAAACUGAAGGAGUUGAUAUUUGAGGAGACAGCCAGGUUUCAGGCCACGUAUCAGGGCACCUGAGCCAGCCAGCAGGCAGAUAGAAGUAUCAUCACUUCUUUACCCCCCGGGUCUGAGAGGUUGAGAAAACAGUGAUGCCCUUUGGACAGGAAUAUCCCACAAUCAAAAGAAAAAAAAUAUAUAUAUAUAUAAAGGAAUAUAAAAAACCAUACCUGAAAAAUACUUAAAAAAAUACUCCCAACCUACUCCCCUCAAGGCUUCUGUCCUCUGUUAUACUACGAUAUACUGUGUGUGAAUUCAUGUCGCUCUCGCGUGCUCGCUCCUUUUUUUUCCCCCGUUAAGUAUAAAUUAUAAAAAAAAAUGCUUGCUUAAUGAUUUUUUAAAAAAUAAACAAAUAAAAGAACAAAAAUUAGAUUAUAUAUAUAUAUAUAUAUAUAUAUAUAUAUAUAUAUAUAUAUAUAUAUAUAUAGAGACAAGUUAUCGUACUUUGGUUUAUACAAUUUAUUUAUUUUCAAACCAUCUGGUAAAAGCAAUUAAGUAUCAGAAAAGUCUAUUCUGAUUAAUUCAAUAGCAUGACACCUCACUUUCAGAAUAACUCCUUUUAAAGGGUACAUAAGUUUCGAUUUUACUGUUACAUGUUCUCAUGUGUUGCUACAGCUGUUUAAGGUGUGUGUUUUAAUUUUUUUUUUAGGCAUGGACCUCUCCAGAACUAUGUUUCCCAUCAUCCUCCUGCUCAUCUGUAACUGAGAUGGAUUUACCAAGAGGAUGAUGGGAAAUGUAGUUCUGAGAGGUCCAUGCGGGUACAUGGGAAGCCAUCUUGGGGCAGGGAAUGCAGUUUAAUAGUUUUAAAAAGUGGUCAAAUUGUAAAAAAAUAAAAAGAAAUAAAACCACACCUUACGUAAACAGUUGUAGCAACACAUGAGAACAUGUAACGCAGUAAAAUAAAGUUCUUAUGUGCCCCUGAAGGGCCGCUUCAAGAUUCUGAGGCCAAAUUCAAUAUUAAGACCACAGCCCCCCAUCUCUACCUGCAGUGCUUACAAAGGUACCAUGAAGUGUUCUUGUUAGGACACUGCACUCUGAUUGGCUAUCAGAUUAUUGUUAAUUAAAGCAUGAAUAAUCCUCUCCCUACACCAAAACCCUAAACCUAAGGUCAGUAAGGUCAGGUGCCUACUUCCUCCGUUGUCCUGACGGGAACGUUUUGUGGCACCUUUUGUAAGCGCUGCCCUCUACCCAACUGUAAAAUUGAAAGGAAGUGUCAGGGGGGGACCGUUUAGACCGCUGCACCCUGACACAAACAGGACAACUCUAAUGUAAACCAAUCCUCUUAUAAUUCAAGAAUUCGAUUUUUAUAAAUGUAUUCAGCAUGAAUAUACCAGUAGAUCUCUUAAUUGCCUUUUACUAGAAUUUUUAUAAUUUUAUUUUUAGUUUUUAUUUAAGAUGUUAAUUUAAGGCAUCUGCAACGUUUUGAAGGAUUUAUAUGAACCCAUUAAACACCAAAUAAUAAAACCAAGAAUGUUUCAAAUUUACAUUAUAUACAGCUUGUGGGGAAAACACCAAAAAAUUGAUCAUUUUUAGGCUUGAGUUUCCGAUUUUAUAUUGAGGCAUCAUAAAAAGCAUAUGAAGGGCUGUAUUUUUAGAAUUAUAACCGUCGCAGUUAGACUUUUGCAGUUAACUAAAUUCAACAAGUAAAUUAUCAUAGUAAUAUAGUUUAAGAGAAUUUAAAUCGCAGGUAGUCAAAAAAUUUUGCCAAAAAAUCUCCUCCGAUGAGGACAGAGGCACCUCAUGGGUUAACAAGGAUUUUUAAAAAUAAAUAAAUUUAAUAUGGAUGUAAGAAAACUGAGGAACUAAAGGAAUUUUUUCAAUCCGAUUUUUGUAAUGAGAAAUAGUGUACUGUGCAUACAGGGAUGUCAUUUCGCAGAGGGGCUCUGGGGAGUCCAGGUGGCGUUCUCGUGGGUUUAUAUCGGACCGGAACCCCUUGAAAGAAUUGUGGCCUUAUUAUCUGAAGUGUCAUACAAGAGAAAAAUAUAUAAAAUCUGUUUUAGAAAUGUUUAAGUUCCAAAAUUAUAUAUCGUUUUGAGGUAAUUAUAUUAUAUAUAGAUAUAGAUAAUAUAUAGGUAGUGGACAAAAAAAUGGGAACCACAAUGUAAAGUCACUUAAUAGGGCGUUGGGCCACUAUGGUAUCCCUCUCUGGAGAUCUGGGCGGACCGUUUUUGAUGAAACUGGCCGCUCGCGUCCUAGGUUGAAAUUUGCAGUCAGUUGAUCUGCAGUUGCUCGCCUGUUUUGCCUUGCACUUGGAAUGAACGCACGGAUAUCACGAUCCUGGAGUAUGCGCUUCCGCCCGCUGCUGCCCUUUGCUGAUGAUGUCAUUCCCUCGGAGUUCCAUGCCCACAUCGCCUUAGACACCGUUGCUCGUGAAACAUCAGCAAGUUGAGCUGUCUUGGUCACUGAAGCUCCUGCCAAAAGCGCCCCGACAAUCACCCCUCUUUCAAAGUCACUGAGGUCUCCUCUUGCAGACAUGCUAGCCAUAAUUAUAAGCAACCAGGCCUCUCCAGUAUUUUUAUACAUGCCCCUAAGCAUGCUGGGAUGUUAUUUGCUUAAUUAACGCAUGAGCCACACCUGUGUGGAAGCCCUUGCUUUCAAUAGACUUGGUGUCCCUCAUUUACCCAGGUGUUUCCAUUUUUUUGUCCACUAUAUAUAUAUAUAUAUAUAUAUAUAUAUAUAUAUAUAUAUAUAUAUAUAUAUUAAAUAUAAAAAAUUAUUUUAUGUAUAUAAAAAAAUACCUCAAAAUGAUUUACCUAAAGCAAAAUCUGCCAAGAAUUUGAUAAACUUAAGGUAAUAUUCAAUUGAUCACUCUGCAGAUACUAGUUAUGCCUUAAAACAACAAUUGGUAUUAAUUAAUAAUUGUACACUCUAUAUGUGUUAGUAAUUCUGCUUUACUGACUAGAGCACAGUGUUUGAUUGACUAUAGCAGCUAGACUAGAGCACAGUGUUUGAUUGACUAUAGCAGCUAGUCUAGAGCACAGUGUUUGAUUGCUGACUAUAGCAGCUAGACUAGAGCACAGUGUUUGAUUGACUAUAGCAGCUAGACUAGAGCACAGUGUUUGAUUGACUAUAGCAGCUAGACUAGAGCACGGUGUUUGAUUGACUAUAGCAGCUAGACUAGAGCACAGUGUUUGAUUGACUAUAGCAGCUAGACUAGAGCACAGUGUUUGAUUGACUAUAGCAGCUAGACUAGAGCACAGUGUUUGAUUGACUAUAGCAGCUAGACUAGAGCACAGUGUUUGACUAUAGCAGCUAGACCAGAGCACAGUGUUUGAUUGACUAUAGCAGCUAGACUAGAGCACAGUGUUUGAUUGCUGACUAUAGCAGCUAGACUAGAGCACAGUGUUUGAUUGACUAUAGCAGCUAGACUAGAACAGUGUUUGAUUGCUGACUAUAGCAGCUAGUCUAGAGCACAGUGUUUGAUUGACUAUAGCAGCUAGACUAGAGCACAGUGUUUGGAGAUUGCUAAAACAGAUCUACAAUAACACAUACAUAUUUUUCUGUAGUAGCGACACUGUAACAGCAGUAUUCUGAAAUUCCUAAAACAAACGGCACAGUGUUUGCCUAAAUGUAACGAUUAGAAUUGAAGGCGAUGUUUGGAAUAAUUCUAUCUAUAAAACCCUUUGUUUUUGUCUGUUGCUUAACGUCACAAAGAUUAAAAAUGUUACUUUGAAUGUAAAUGCAGCCCAUGUCAUUCCCUUGCUAGCCCCCAGGCUGGAGAUCUUUUAGAAAUCCAUUUAUUAUUUCACAAGCCCCGUGCAAAACGUUACAUCUUUUUAGUUUGUGUUUCGUGUGUUAAGAAACAAAAAAGUCCUACCAAAGUCUUAAAAUAAUUUAUUAUUAUUAUUAUUAUUAUUAUUAUUAGUAGUAUUAGUCCCCUUUUUUAUUGUGCUGAGAAUCUUAGUUCUGUAAGACUAUUGGAGUCGUGUCUUCAAAGCGCUUCACCCGUUCUCAAAUUAUUACCUCUUAUUUUUUAUUUUUUUUGAAAGGAGCGAUAGAUAUGUCAGUGUUACAAAAUGAACAGCAGAACAUGUUAAGUGUUUUUAAGAGAACUUCAAAAAAAAAAAAAAAAAAAUCGUGAUUUUUAUAUUGGCUGGACUGCGUUCUUUCGUCUUCGUUCUUUCAUUGUGGUGUCGUUUUUGAGAGAAUUUUUCAGUUUACAAAACGCAAAAGAUCUUCAAUGCAAGGAAAGGGAGGCCAGUCGUUUUUGAAAAAGUAUUUGCUGAAUAUUCCUGCUUUUAAUCACGUUGGAUAAAUUGUUUUAUUCAAGUUUUAUUCCCACGUGGAGCUCAUAAUGUCAUAAAUUCUGUACGUGUGAAAGUGGUCCAUCAGUGAAAUGUUUCAACUCUGGUGCCUUCGUUAGUGUUAUUGAGGUGAAACUAGAAUAAACUGAGUCAAGCAGAACAGCGUUUGGGCUCCAAUGCCUUCAUCAGUGUGUGUUUCAUCUCCUGUCUGUUUGUUGAGUGGAUCUUGUGAUUUUAUUAUAGGUAGUUCAUGCAAAACUUCAAUCAGAAACUCUGCACAGGGUGACAAAAAAUAAACUAGAAGAAACUAAUACCAGCCAGACGCUUAAAACUGAUGAAAGCAUAGGCCAAAAAGUGUGUCUGCCUGAAUAGUCAGUAAAAUCCUGUACUAUGAAAUGAAUUUUCUCAAAGAUGAAGAUGACCUUAGAAGGGGUUGUUUUCAAUGAAGCAGUUUCACCUCAAAGGAGACAACAGCGUCCUAACUAUAUCCCUUUUCUCAGUUGAGAAACGCAUUUGAGGCAGUUCUCACUAGAACGUACUGUGCUCAGAACGCCACACAGUCGUCCUUAACACUUUAGGAGGCUGUGUAGUCCAGUGGUUAAAGAAAAGGGCUUGUAACCAGGAGGUCCCCGGUUCAAAUGCCACUGACUCAUUGUGUGACCCUGAGCAAGUCACUUCACCUCCUUGUGCUCCGUCUUUCGGGUGAGACGUAGUUGUAAGUGACUCUGCAGCUGAUGCAUAGUUCACACACCCUAGUCUCUGUAAGUCGCCUUGGAUAAAGGCGUCUGCUAAAUAAACAAAUAAUAAUAGAUACCACAUCACAUAUUUCCUGCCUCUUCAGCUUGAAAUUCUAAAGUUUCUUUUAGUUGUAAUUCUUUGCAAACUUUCUGAUUUUGAAUUGCAUAGAAUAUCACUCGACAAACAGGAGAAGAAACAGAAACUAUUACUAUCUCCCAAUUUUUUUUUUUUUUUUUUUCUUUGACCUCACUCUGAAAUGCUAGCAAGUACACUUCUAAUGGCAGGGAUGGUGAUAACUCCAGUUGCAUAGCAGUUUGAUCCAUUCCUGGUUUUACUGUGAGUUUAAUAGCAGGGAUGGGAAUAAGACUCCUGUUCCACAGCAGUGUGAUCCAUUCCUGGUUUCACUGGGAGUUCAAUAAUCAGACACACCUGAGCUUGUUACCCAGACACACUGGGGGCUGAUCAAGCUGGUAGUAAAACCUGGAAUGGGUGACACUGCUGUGCAAUAGGAGUCUGAUUCCCAUCCCUGCAACAGUUUAAAUGGUGGUUGGGUUUUUAUAAAUCUGUUUUUGUUAUAACUGCAGCACCUCCGUGUGUGUGUUUUUAAAUAUGAAUUUGUUUUUAAAUUGUUAUUUUUUUGGUGUAUUAUUUCUAAAUCCCACGAUUCACUCGGCAAACAACACAGCGACCUGGAAAAAUACUUCCAGUGUGUCUCGCACACACACACACACCAAUUUUCAAAUCUGAUUUUAUCAACUGUUCUGUAUUUAACUUGCCUUAAAUUUUUGUGAUGUUUCAAAAUCAUUCAGAAUGCAUUAUUAUUAUUAUUAUUAUUAUUAUUGCAAUUGCUCAAAUCAUUCUAAGUCUGUUUGGCUUUGACCGAGUUCAUGAGCUGCUUUUCAGACAUCAGCUAGUAUUCCUGUUAGUAAACGGCAGCACCAUCUAGUGCACAACUAGUGUACUGCCAGCAAAACAAACUUGAUCCAAAGUGCAGACAGACUGGGCAGACACAUGGCAAAUGACAUUUUAAUAGAGAAAAGUGUAAAGUAUUGCACGCAGGCAAUAGAAAUGUGCAUUAUAAAUAUCAUAUGGGAGAUACUGAAAUUGAAGAAGGGAUCUAUGAAAAAGACCUAGGAGUUUAUGUUGACUCAGAAAUGUCUUCCUCUAGACAAUGUGGGGAAGCUAUAAAAAAAGUCCAACAAGAUGCUCGGCUAUAUUGUGAGAAGUGUUGAAUUUAAAUCAAGGGAAGUAAUGUUAAAACUUUACAAUGCAUUAGUAAGACCUCACCUAGAAUAUUGUGUUCAGUUCUGGUCACCUCGUUACAAAAAGGAUAUUGCUGCUCUAAAAAGAGUGCAAAGAAGAGCAACCAGAAUUAUCCCGGGUUUAAAAGGCAUGUCGUAUGCAGACAGGCUAAAAGAAUUGAAUCUAUUCAGUCUUGAACAAAGAAGACUACGCGGUGAUCUGAUUCAAGCAUUCAAAAUCCUAAAAGGUACAGACAGUCGACCCAGGGGACUUUUUCGACCUCAAAAAAGAAACCAGGGGUCACAAAUGGAGAUUAGAUAAAGGGGUAGUCAGAACAGAAAAUAGGAGGCACUUUUUUACACAGAGAAUUGUGAGGGUCUGGAACCAACUCCCCAGUAAUGUUGUUGAAGCUGACACCCUGGGAUCCUUCAAGAAGCUGCUUGAUGAGAUUCUGGGAUCAAUAAGCUACUAACAACCAAACGAGCAAGAUGGGCUGAAUGGGGCCUCCUCUCGUUUGUAAACUUUCUUAUGAUCACUAGAUGGCGCUGGCUCUUCUGUAAACACUGGCUAAUCUAGCCUGUCUGUCACGAGUUUGCGGCAGUGAACAAGAAUGGAAGCUCCUGUACUGGCUGUCCAAGCAACACAGACUUCUCAAUCAAAAAAAAAAUACAAACUAGGUAUUUGAGUGAUUUGCAAUGGCUUUGAACGAGUGCAAUGGCACAUCAUGAAAAUCUAAGGGGUUGAACACACUGAACAGUAAGUGUGUUCAUUUUAUAUAGUUUAAAAAAUAAUGCUUAUAAGAAGAUAAAGCAACCAUUGCGAUGCUUUUAAAACUCGGGUCUUAAUAGGAGAAAGUGUUUGAAUUUUAAAAACCAUCUCAUUCAUUUGCAAAGUGUGUUUUUCUUGUUUUGUUUUGUUUUAUAUAUAUAUAUAUAUAUAUAUAUAUAUAGGUGCAAAACGGUUAUUCUGUUUAUGAAAUUUUUGGUUGUUUUUUUGGGGUCAAUGUAUGGUAUAAAUUUAGUAAAGUGUCUGUGAGUUAAAUAUAUUGAAUAUUGUUUUUUUUUGUUUUUUUACUAUUCCAGAGAAAUUUAAAAGGGAUUUUAUUUGUGUUUGUGUGUUUUCUUUGGUGAAAGGUGCACUGCUUUGUUUUAAUCUAUAUUAUUUUUAUUAUUAUUUUGUUUAAAAACAAGUCAUGGAUAUUAUAAUAUGAAAAAAAAUGAAUGACUGUAAUUGUGAAUUACAAUAUCUUAACCAAA